AUGGGUAACGGUAUGUCUGCAGAAGAACUGAACUCAUGUAAAUCUCACCAGUGGUACCGGAGGUUCAUGACCGAGUGUCCGUCUGGUCAACUUAUGUUUUAUGAGUUCAAGCAGUUCUUCGGUCUGAAGAAUCUGUCGGAUACAUCAAACGCGUAUGUGAGGAACCUCUUCACCACAUUCGACAUGAACGGCGAUGGAUUUAUUGAUUUUAUGGAGUACGUAGCUGCUCUGAGUUUGGUGUUAACAGGCGGCGUUCAGCAGAAACUACGCUGGUAUUUUAAACUCUUUGAUGUGGAUGGCAGUGGAUGUAUCGAUCGUGAAGAACUGCUGCAGAUCUUUAAGUCAGUUCGAGCGAUCAGUGGAGUAGAUCAAGAGAUCUCUGCAGAAGACUUCACAGAGAUGGUGUUUGAGAAGAUUGACAUCAAUGGAGAUGGUGUGCUCUCUAUGGAGGAGUUUAUGGAAGGUAUCCAGGCGGAUGAGAAGAUCCUGGAGAUGUUAACUCAGAGUCUGGAUCUGUCUCACAUCAUCAAUAAAAUCUACAGUGAGAUGAACUCUAAAGAGCACGUCAGCUGAUCUGAGACCAGUCGGUGAUCAGGGUGCCAAAUGCCGUGAUGUCACAUACGCAGCACAUGAUUCUGAUCGGAGAAGCACCGGUUCUGUGAGAGGAGUCUGGACCGGGUCUCUGUCUCAGAAUAUAAAGAGGAUCUCCUGAUGUAUUUAUGUGUUUGUCAUCAUAUACUGAAGUGUUUUAAACCAACAUGAGUUUCUUCUGAAUGGUUUAUUCUCAUAUAUAAUUAUAAAAUAUCAGUGUGGUCUGAGCAAACUCUUUAUUAAAGUGCACUUAACCUUCACUUUUAUUAUCAUUCAACUCAAUCUCUCUGUUAAACAUCACUAAAUGUGUGAUGUAUUACAGUAUCUGUGAUAUCACCUGUCAAUAAACUCUUGUGUUUCUUGUGAUAUUUCUGAUAUUUUACACUUGAAUGUUCUUUCAAAAUAAAUAAAAGUCAGACUGUUAGAUGAGUUUACGAACGAAU